CCACCUCCUCUCCCGCGGUAUACAGUGCGCAUGCCCAGGAUCUCAUGAGCGAUAUUGUUGUGCUGGAUAGCAACCGUUUCACAGUAUUUCAGUAAACUAGUACUUUAUUGUGUCGUUUAAGAAUAUCAGUUAACAUGGCAGAUCCAAGAAUACGACAGAUUAAAAUCAAGACUGGCGUUGUUAAGCGUCUGGUGAAGGAGAAGGUCAUGUACGUCAAGGAGACCAGGCAGCAGGAGGAGAAGAUUGAACGACUGAAAGCAGAGGCCUGCGACGAAGAGGCCGACUCAGAGGCCAAGUAUGUCAUCAAGAAACAGCUGGAGGUGCUACAGGAGUCCAAGAUGAUGAUUCCAGACUGUCACAGGCGUCUGACCAUAGCACACGCAGACCUGUCCCAGAUACUAGAAACGGAAGAGGACUUGGCUGAAGCAGCGGAGUACAAAGAGGCCAGGACCGUAUUGGAUUCAGUGAAGCUUGAAGGAUGAUGCUCUCACUCUCUAAUGCGUCACUUAGAUGUCCAUUCCGUUCGUCUGGGCUUGUUUGGAAUCAUAGACAAACAGAAUCGUUCAGCACUUUUUUUCUCGCUCUUUUUUUGAAACUUAAAAAACUUUUUUUUUUUACUUAUUUCUACAGUUUGAGAACAACGUGUUGUCUGAUCUUGACAUCCUUCUCUGGAGUGCACACUCUCACACAAGCAUCAAAUGAACACUUCUUUCUGUUCUUACCACGGUGGAUUUGCUUGGCUUCUACCAUACAGCUGCAAAUGAAGCCUAAUUGUGUUGUUUAUCUCGUAUUCAAGCUAUUGUACUUUAGCGUCUUGCAUCAAGUGAUUUAGAAGUGUUCCUCAAUUUGUUGAUUUGAGCAUAGAUUUUUCUUUAUGAUAACUGAUAAAAUAUUUAGUAUGUAUGUAUUCUCUCAUAACAAGCAAGGUGUCACCAGUGAACAUAAUUAUAGAACCAAAGAACCUAACAAGAAGAGUGCUAGCUAAACCGUUAUUAUAUAACAACCAUCCUAUUGUCUGUGUGGGGUUGGAUGGAGAGAGAUAUGUAGCACUGUUUUUGACAUGGUUAGUUCUAUCUGGGAGCCUUGGGCUGUCCCUACCAUAAACCCUAGCCCCUUAUUUUAUACCGUGUGUUAUCUUAACCAUAAACCAUGUUCAAUUUCAUCUUCAAUGGUGUAAGGAUGGCCCAAGGAUCCCAGACAGCACGGACCGUUUUGGCAUGAUGCCUGUUUCAAGACACCAACCUCCGCUGGUCAAUAACAUCCAUGCGGCCUAGUGACAUCAUCAGCACUGUCAUCACCAACUGGACAUAGCCUGUCACAUCCACUGUAUAAGCAUGGGGUACACUUGGACACACUAUUUUCAGCCACUAAGAUACAGCUACGACCAGAAGGUGAUUUUCGUAGCGGGUUUGGAGAGCAUUUUCGCUAUUUCUUUUCCUAAUCUUCAUCAAAUUAUCUUAAGCUGCUAUGUUAAUUAUCUUAACCUUCUGUGUAAGAUCUAACACGCAACGAAAAAAAUCACUUCUGGUCGUAGCUGUCUCGAAGCGGCGUGAAAAUAGUGUUGUUGUUUUUUUUCAUAUAGGCGUAGACUGUUUGCCGAAUGACCAGUAAAGCGUAGUUGUUGGGCAUCAAAUCACUUAUUAUUUUGGUCCACAAGUGUAGACUUUUAAAAACUAUAUUAUUAAAUAUUUUAUUUGGGUUAACAUAUAUAGUUUUUAUGUUCCACUAUGGAAUUGUCCAAAUUGUUUAUUUUUACUGGACCAUAAAAUGUAGGCCUAUCCAUAGACCAACCAGAUAGAGGAAAUACCUAUGGAUUAUAUAAAUACUAUUAUCCCAAAGGUAAACUAAACUAUGCUUGAAGAUGUUGUUCAAUGUAGGCUAUAUGUUUUUAUAGCCGACAAAACAUGUAUUAGGUUGUGCUCAUGUUAAGCCUGUUAAUAACAUUGAAUAUGAAUAAUAGAAUUGAUUAAAUGUUCAAACAAA